AUGCUAGUUGAUAGUGGUGUUAUUGCACAAACGGCUGUUGAUAUAGUCCAUGAUAAACUGAAACGAUGCAAGAGUUAUCGCCAUGCAGUGGGCGAGACGAGGGCCUUUUUGGUCACAAUCGAGCACAACUGGCGGAAGACCGAAGCCCAAAUCAGGUUCCUUAAAUCAAUUGCUACCACUUUAGAUGACGACUAUCUCGAGAUGCAAUCACUCCUUUUAUCCGAGCUAGAAGGCCAGCUGACUGCGACGCUCACCUUAGUCAACUCCCCCAACUUCGGCCUACUCAAAUGCCAAGGAAUCAUCAAAGGAUCAGAGACUGUCGCAGAUCAGUUCGGACACCCCAAGCCUCUUCCAACCUUUUCAUUCGUGUUUGAAAUCCCCAAAGACUUCCGGAACCCGCGAACUCUCCGUGGCAUUUUACAGGAAGCUGCUCCUUUCCCAUUGCAUGAGCGACUCGACCUCGCGCGCCAACUCACCUAUUCGGUUCUGUAUGUCCACUUCAUCCACAAGAGCAUUCGGCCGGAAACAGUUGUUGUGUUUGAGAAUGAAACGUCGAGUAUUGGCGCGCCGUUCUUGGUUGGUGUUCGAGAGGGUUCGCCCUGCGGAUGGACACACUUAUUUGAUUGGAGAUGAGAGUUGGGAGAAGAACCUCUGUAUGUUCUAAGCUUCCUUUUAUAUCCCAUGGCUUUUUGACGGGAUCUAUAGACCGCCAUCCAACACGCCAAGGUAUUUUGCCCGAGGAGCAGUAUAAGAUGCAGCAUGAUGUAUAUAGCAUUGGCGUAGUGCUUUUGGGAUUGUCUUUGGACUUCGCUUGUGACUUGUGACUUAAGGUAACGUUCCGGUUGCUUCGGAAUAAGUUAAACUCAUGUCACCAGGCGAAGAGAGAGAUCCUCGCUUGCGAGCCUUUCGGGAUAAAGAGAUGUUAGAGAGUCUUGCUGAGCGUGAACCACCUCGUAGACUUGGGAGAAAGUAUACCAAUAUGGUAUUGCUGUGUCGGCGGUGUCUAGACGACCCAGAGGCUGUUGGUAUUCCGGGUGGUGUGGAUAAAGAUGGAAAGGAACUGGCGUAAGUUUCGUUGAAACAGUGCUGGAAUUAAUACAUGGGAUCUCUCUUUGAUUCGCUGAGAGAUCGAGCUAGAGGUUGAGAUACUAAGACACUGAGAUACCGACCCCAUAGCAGAGAGGCCAUGAGAUUAAGAAGGAAGCAUAGAGACGGGGAGACUAGGAGAGAGGCAGAGAGACUAAGAGAGGCAGAUAGUCUAAGAGAUCGAGGAGGGGGAGCG